AGACUUGUGUGGUUCGGAUUUUCUGACAGGAUGCUAGGGGCCAGCUGUUUACAGUUUUGCUGGAGAUGUAAGUAGCGAUCUGGACUGUGUUAGUGAAAUCGGGACUGCUGGGCUGUAUUAGAAACAGAACUGUUGUAUAGUAUAAAGGCUGUGUAGAGGAAAGAACAUGCAGGUACCGUAGCAACUCCCUCUCGAAGUCUGCAGCUCACUGACAGCAGGAGGGCGAUAAUCCAAACCCUCUCUGGUUGCCAUGCUAAUGCAGUUCCCAUGGUUACCAAGGUCCAGCAUUGCCAAGGGUGUGAAUAGACUUGAAUGAUUCUGUUUUUUUAUGAGCUAUCUCUGUCCAUGAUGAGCAAUUGUAGGACAUUACAUAUGCUGUCCCUCUGCAGUUGAUAAUUUGGUUACCCAACGCAGUAUUCAGAGAAGAUGGCUGACAGCUUAAGGACCUUUCUCAAUGAUCUUACCCGUGGAAUCAAAGACUCCAUUUGGGGAAUAUGCACAAUUUCAAAGCUGGAUGCCAGAAUUCAGCAGAAGAGGGAGGAACAGAGGAAGAGGCGAGCUAACAGUGCUCUUGCACAGAGGAGAGCCCAAAAUGAAGAAAGAAAGCCAGAAAAUGAACCACGCAUUGUUACCAGGAUCUUUCAAUGCUGUGCAUGGAAUGGUGGUGUAUUCUGGUUGAGCCUCUUCUUGUUUUAUCGAAUGUUUAUCCCACUUCUUCAAACGGUUACAGCACGUAUAAUUGGGGAUCCAUCCUUACAUGGAGAUGUCUGGUCUUGGCUCGAAUUUAUCCUCACUUCUGUUUUUAGUGCCCUAUGGGUUCUCCCUCUGUUCGUCCUCAGUAAAGUUGUUAAUGCCAUCUGGUUCCAGGAUAUUGCAGAUUUGGCAUUUGAGCUGUCAGGAAGAAAACCUCAACCCUUUUCAAGUGUUAGUAAAAUUAUAGCUGACAUGCUAUUCAACCUUCUUCUACAAGCACUUUUCCUGAUCCAGGGAAUGUUUGUGAGCCUGUUUCCCAUUGAUGUCAUUGGCCAGAUCAUUAGUCUUCUUCACAUGUCUUUGCUCUACUCGCUGUACUGCUUUGAAUAUCGGUGGUUCAACAAAGGAAUAGAAAUGCAUCAGCGGUUAUCCAACAUUGAAAGAAACUGGCCUUACUACUUUGGAUUCGGUUUACCCUUGGCUUCACUAACUGCCAUGCAGUCAUCGUAUAUUAUUAGUGGCUGUUUGUUCUCUAUUCUUUUCCCACUGUUUAUUAUCAGUGCUAAUGAAGCUAAAACACCUGUGAAAGUGUACCAUUUCCAGCUCCGUCUCUUUUCUCUCGUCGUGUUCCUGAGCAACAGACUCUUUCACAAGACUGUCUAUAUUCAGUCUACGAUAAGCAGCUCUGGUUCCUCUGAAAAACUUCCCAGCCCUCACCCAUCUCCUGCCAAACAGAAAGCCACUUUGGGACACUGAGGUAGAACCAAAAGCAUCCAUCCUGCUACAUUGCUGCACUCACCAAUUAUCGUUUUCUGUGAAUGGCAAGGCACCUCAUGCUACCUGGUCACAAUUUUUGCAGUUUUUGAAAAAAAAACCUCCACCCCCUUUCCAGCUCUUGUCCACAGCCCUGAGACUUCUUGGUUCCAACGGCACUUAUGUCACUUUUUUUAUGCUUAAAGUACUGAGAACCUGUAUGUGCCAUGGUUGUGUUUUAACUGAGAAAUCUGCCUCUAAUAAUAUUGGAAAUAUAAUGAAACCAGAAUCCUUCUGGGGCUGUAGCAGUCUGGGUAUUUCUAAAACCAGUGUUUUUUUUCUGUUAUGACACUAAAGGCUCAAAAAUGGAUUCAUUUGUACUCUGUAAAGCAAAGAGCAGCAGAGGCACUGUUAUUCUAUUUGUUAUCAAUUGCACUGUAAAUUUCACAAGUUAUUACAGAGGAAGCAAAAUUAUGAAUCUUUUUUUAUGUUAUCUGUUCUAAUUUAAGUUAAAUUACAUUUUUAUUCAAUGUCUACUUUUUGAGUCAGGCUUAAACUUUACACUGAAAUUGCAUACAGCUUAAUACACAUUUAACUAGACAUUUAAAUGUGACAUGUUUAAUUUUUUACUGUGUUUUCUGUCACCUUUUUCUUUUCAUGCAAGAGCCACAUUAGUGGAAAUGUACAUGUUUUUUAAGCAGUUAUAUAUUGUGCUAAUCUUCAAAAGUGUUGACUAGUUUGUACAUACACAGCACUGGCCACACAGACCUCACACUUGGAAGGGAAGACAUACAAUUGUCAUUUUGAACUUGCUGCUGAGAGUCACAAGGCCCCCCAAAAAGUUUAGAAUUGACCAUUUCUGCACCUGAAACCUCUAUUUAUAUAUAAGUAUACAUGGCAGGAACAAAAAUACACAAACAUUAAAGGUGUCCAGGUUUAUUGGCCAAACAGAAGGAUUUUAUACUAUUUUAUUAUGAUUACAUGUUGCGUUCUUGUUAAUAGUUAAUGUUUACCAACUGCACUAUUAAAUAUAGAAAGAAG